CCAAAGCUCUUUAUUUCCCAUUCAGCACACUUGCGUUAGGCUAAUCAUCCUUUAUCUUUCACUUUGCACAAUCGCUCUCUACAAACCUGUUCAAAUCCUUGGCGAUUAUCCCGAUAUCCGUGUCUCCACUUCUAUUACCAGUCUGGAAUCGAAAUCGGAAACUCGACCAUAGAAUCACUACAGGAGAACAUUUCUAGGGAGAUCUUGCAUUAUCCGUUAUCAGCAUAAAUAACCAACACAGAAAAGGGAGAUAUAACAUACACAAAAGUACCCUUCAACAACACACCGCAAGAGUCAUUUUUCAUUGAGAGCCGUUGUCUCGCGGAGGGCCUGCCGUAAGAGUCUUGGUUGAUUCGUCCGAAGAUGGUAUUAACACAGCAGAGAAGAACAUCUACCUCCGACGACGAAUUUCCCACUGCUCAGCUUCUCCUGCUAGCAAUAUGUCGUAUCGCAGAGCCCAUUGCCCUCACAUCCAUCUUCCCGUACUCAUGGGUCAUGGUCAAGGACUUUAAUGUGGCUGAUGACAGCAAUGCGUCUUUCUAUGCCGGCAUUCUUGUCUCUACCUUCUCACUUUGUGAGGCUCUUACGGGCAUGUUCUGGGGAAGCCUCUCGGAUCGAGUCGGCCGCAAGCCUGUCCUUAUCUCCGGCUGUUUCGGCACCAUGGCAUCUCUUCUCAUGGUUGGAUUCGCAACCAACUUUUGGGUAGCUUUGCUCGGUCGAGCUUUAGGUGGUGUACUCAACGGAAAUAUCGGGGUCAUUCAGACCAUGGUCGGCGAGCUGGUCAAAAAUCCCGAACACGAACCACGAGCAUAUGCUAUUAUGCCGUUCUUCUGGUCAAUUGGAACUAUCAUCGGCCCAGCUAUUGGAGGUCUACUUGCAAAACCUGCGGAAGGCUAUCCUACUUUUUUCUCUCAGAGCGGGCUUUUUGGGACAUUUCCCUUUCUUUUGCCUAACUUGGUCUGCUCUGCUUUGCUUCUUUGCAGUAUUAUUUUUUGCUGGCUUCUACUGAACGAGACGCAUCCCGAUAUGCAACCUCGAAAUGGAGUUGGGGCAGAGGGCCCUGAUAGCACAUCUGUCAUGCAUCCUCUACUGGCCACUUCGGGACCAAGUACGACUGCAGGAGCUGAUCUCCGAGCCGAGUCUUACGGGACUUUCAAUCAUGUGCACCUCCACGACGAUCAGGAUUGGCAUGUGCGCUCUGAUGGCUCGAUAGACUCGAGUUCGCAACGGAAGGCCGUCUUCACGUGGCAGGUGACCAUGCUUGUUCUCGCCUUGGCGAUAUUCACAUAUCACUCGAUGACAUACGAUCAUCUGCUGCCUAUCUUCCUGCAAGAUAAGCCUGCAGUCGACGUCAAUUUAUUGACUAGCCCGGCUCUUCGAUUUCCCGGUGGAGUCGGUCUUUCGACCCAGUUCGUUGGUUUGAUUAUGUCUUGUGACGGCCUUAUUGCGUUAUUCAUCCAAAGCCUUGUAUUUCCAGUUCUGGCUCAUUAUCUGGGGGUGUGGCGCCUAUUCGUCCUCGUCACCAUUUUGCACCCUCUUGCUUAUUUCAUGGUCCCGUUCUUAAUAUACGUUCCUCACGACUUCAUCUUCACCGGUAUCCUUGGAUGCCUGGUUGUUCGCAACGUUCUCUCGAUCAUCGACUAUCCAGUCCUCCUGAUCCUCAUCAAACAAGCCAGUCCUCCUGGUUCGGUUCUGGGCAAGAUCAACGGGCUCGCGGCCUCUGCGGGUGCACUCUCACGCACCUUGGCUCCGCCAAUUGCCGGGUUCCUAUACAGCACCGGUGUCAGGGUGCAAUGUACGGCCCUCGCGUGGUGGGGGAGCACUCUAGUCGCCAUUAUUGGGGCAGUGCAAAUGUGUUUCAUUCAACAGAAGAAACAUGGCUCUGUUGUAGUACAGUCUGCUGCACACUGCCGUUAUGCACCAGAUUCAUCUACGUGGAAGCAAGAAGCUGUUCAUAUCAUCGUGACAGAAGCUGAAGCCGACAUUGGUCAUGAAGCCGAGAGGAACUCGCGUAUGGUACAAGAGACUCAUGAUUUGGCUUGAAUAUCAGCAGCUCACUCCAUAAUCAGCGUCUCCUACCCUUGUCCCUGUCUUGUGCGAUUUUACUUGCGGCAUUAGUCGGGCUAAGCAGUACCUCGAAUACACGCACAGCCUGAAAAGGUUGGGAGUUCACAUUCGAGUGCUGGCAAGGUGUUCCCGUAUGACUGGAGUGAUGUACAUAGAUAUUUUGGUAUUACUGGCAAUAUGAUAGCACAAGGGUAUAAGAUCGACAUUUGUGCUCAAGAUGGGUAGUGG